AUGAGUAAUAUGAAAGAAAACAAAAGUGAUUAUAAUGGCAGUGUGCUCCAAGAAAAACCUCGAGAGGGUUGGGUCAAAUUUGAUGAUGAAAUUCAAACUGGACAAAUAGUUACUAGUGUUCAAGAUGAAGAACCCGAUUUAAAAACAAGUACUUCUUCUGAUAACGUGGCUUCUUCUUCGAGUAAUCAUCCGCCUGCCGUUUUAAAGACUGAAUCUGUACAUGUGAACCUGGAUCGCAGCGAAAGGGUUUCGGAGCCAGUCAAACAGACUACCAUAACUACAAAUGUUGAAUUUAUUAACAUUCGACAUGGAUUUAGCAAUGGAGAUAUAAUUGUAACAGUGCUGCCUGUAAACACAAAAUGGCCAUGGGUCUCUCCAGCUAGAUUUCGACCAGAACUUGUUCCUGAAGAACUGAUGGCUCAAGGCUUGACUUUGACUGUUGAAGAAUAUGUACAUGCUAUGGAGUUACUUGUUAAUGAUGGUCGUUUCACUCUUUACAAUAUUUGUUAUAAAAGAGUGCUUGUUUGUUGGAUAACUUUAGCUUUUCUUGUUCUUUUGGCACUACUAUUUUCAGGACUAACAGGUUUAACUUUAUUUUCUCUUGGUGUCAUGUGGUUAAUAUUAAAUGCAGCUGCCAUAUUUUUGUGUAUGUGGAUAAAAUUGAAACUUUCUAAAGGCUUAGAACAAUGUCUUGCUAGUGUCAAUAAGUUGCUUAACAAGCACAAGCUUGUUAUAACUUUAGAUGAUAGAGGAAAAAUAUCAUGUCACAAAGUCAACCUUUGUUUUUUAUAUUUUGAUUCUGGACCAUGUAUUGCCCACAUUCAACAGUUUAUUGAUAGUGAAGAAGGUCGAACCAUAAUGGAAGGUUGGGAGCAGAGAUUAGAUGUUUCUGCUAAUGACAUUGUUAUUCAAGGAGCACAGUCAACAAGAUUGUCACGUAAACAGGAACGUGCUAUCCUUCUGUAUUUACGAUAUAUCGCAAGAUGGGGUGCAAAAGUCAUAAAGAAUAAAUUGAACCUUGGCAGCAUGGUUCCUGGUCGUCACGGUGAGAAGUAUGUUUGUCCAUGCCAAUUUAUAGAGGAGCAUCUACAAACAAAACCACCGGCAGGUAUUACUAAAUAUUUUCAAAUUACUAAUGAAAACAUGUUAUGGACUUAUUGA